CGCGCCGACCAUCUAAUAAUGUCAUUUAUGCGCUCGCCUGCCCUCCUCCAAAGAGCCAUUGUACGCACAAACGUCCAGUUUCAACCCCGUCCACCACAACUCAAUGCUCUCCGCACAAGACUCCACCCUGGUAUAGCACCUUGCUUGCCCUCCACCUCACCCUUCACUCGCAGUCUGACUGGCCAGAGUGGUGCGCCGACACCUGGCAAUGACGCUCCGAACCCCGUGGACGAUGCCGUAGAAGAUGCAAAUGAGGAUGGAGAAACCGCGGGCAAUUCCAAGGAUCCCAAAUGGAAAGGUACGGCAUUCAAGAUGUUUGAAGCCGCUGCCACUACUGGCGCUUCCAUCCUCAUUCUUGGUCUGGUUGGCUACAGCUAUACCCGAUACUACAAAUACAUGGUCCAGAAGAAGAUAGAGAAUGCUUUCAAAGAGGGGGACCCUGUAUUGGAGCUUGCAGCUACCGGCAAGGAGGUACCCAAGGAAGACAUGGCAGGCGUCCACCACCCUCCCGAAGAAGGUGGUGAGCACGACCGAUGGAUUGAGCGUGAGGAGCAGCAACGAAUCAAUCGGAUCGUAUGCGGUCAAGAGAAAGGUCGCUAUCACCUGCUCCUGGGCGAGAAAGGGACAGGAAAGAGCUCCAUGUUGAUCGAGGCCAUGUCCAAGAUUGAUGGCGAAGGUGUUUCCAUGAUGGAAGCUCACGCAGAUCCCGAAAUUUUCCGAAUCCGUCUGGGCCGCUGUCUGGACUUUGAGUUUCACGAGGACAACAUUGGAGCGCUAUUUUCUAUUCGUGGCCCUCGUGAUGCCAGUGCCUUGCUAGAUAUCGAGCGAGCUUUCAACAAGUUGGAGAAAGUAGCCCUCAAGCGGCGUGCCGAGGUCAAGCGCCCUUUGGUCUUGAUCAUCAACCAGGCGCACUUGAUUAGGGAUGAUGAGAAUGGUCGCGAUCUUAUCGAGCUCAUUCAACAGCGCGCAGAGCAAUGGGCCGCCUCCAACAUUGCCACCAUCAUCAUCAACUCCGACAAAUAUUGGGUUUAUGAGAGAUUGAAGCAGCAUGCCACCCGGAUGGAAGUUACCCAAGUAUCUGAUCUUCCCAAGAAUCGAGCCAUGCAAGCGUUGCGAAACUACAGAAUGAAAUACUGGCAUGAAGCGACUUCGGCAACGAUUUUGGAAGAGGUCUAUGACAAGAUUGGAGGGCGCCUGACUUUCUUGAACCGUGUAGCCAAGGCUCAGGACAUGGUCAAAAAGUGCGACGAAAUCUGCCAGAUGGAGAAAACGUGGUUCCUCAAUAAUUGCGGUAUUCUCGGCGAGGAAAUGGAUGACGACGUCAUGGACCAGCAGAAAUACGCGUCUACUGCCAUGGUCCUUGCCCUUGCGUUGUACAAAAAGUCCCUGGAAAUGGAACACGAGGUCUACGACCCCCAGCGCGGACAUGUCCUUCCGGAAUUCCCACUCCACAAAGCGCGCUUCAUCAUGACGCGCGCCGACUUCAUCCGCGCCCACCACGAUCUAUCCAUAUUCGCCAUCGACUCGCACGCCAUGGUGCGCGCCGACAGCGUGCCCAUGCAGCGGGCCUUCAACGAAGUUUGCGCCGAGCCCGGGUUCGAGAAAUUCCUGGAAGCGACACUCGACCGUAUUGGUGAUAUUGAGUCGCUCGGCCGUACCAAGGAGCUUACCCUCAAGGAUCUGUGGGAAGGUGGUAAAUACAAAAUCACCACGCGCGAUCAAAAAGGCAAUGUUGACAAAGAGAUUCACGUGGAAGCUGUGGAAAAGCCAGAGGAUGAUGAUGACGAUGAUGAAGGGUGCGAUGACUAG